AUGCAGUCCACUAAGCACCAUCCCACUACGCGGUUGAUGCAAACAACCGAUGCUUCGAAGCCUUUUACAAAGGACCUUAAAGAUCUCUUCGCGACGUUAAUGGUCAGCCUCAAACUCGGCCUCAACCGUGUGCGAUUCUCAAGAGUCGAUUAUUCGUUCACGAUCGAGCAAGCAAUUGCCAACCUUGGCUCGCUCAAAUUCACGCAAUCGGCCCGCAUGCCUGACCCAAAAAACCCUAGCCGAAUCAUUACAACCACAUCGACGACCACAUUCUCGAUGGGCAAGGAGAUGGCACGGAGACUCUUGACCGAUUUCGUCCAGGCUCGCUUCAUGGAGCCCUUAAACGGAACGGUCGGCCAUCUCAGUAGAAACACCGUCUGUCAGUUGACACCCAAAGGCAUUGCCCUUUUGCAAAUAUUUUGUAACCGAAAUGGCAUUACGGCGCCGCAUGUGAUGAGGGUGCUAAAAUCGUCCCGGAAUCGGGUGACCCUUCUCUCUCUCGAGCGCGAUGUCGAAACCGAUCGGGUUGUGACCGAUCGACCUACUGUGGAGGUUAUCUUUCGCCGAUUUGCUGGCACAGACAGACCGAAAAUUCGACCCGCUUCGUCGGACUCCGAUAGCAUUAAAGGUAGCGAAAGCCACGAUGGCAUUGUUGGGGUGAAGUUUUCGAGAGACACAGGCCUGGAUGGAAAGAAAUAUACGUACACAUUCCAUGGCAGGUCAGCCGUCGACUGGCUAAUGGACUCAUGCACGACGAUCGAUGAGAGGGAAGCUCACCUAAUCUGUAAGGAAUUUAUCGAAUGUGGACUUAUCACUCGCAUCCAGCACGAGGAAAGGUUCAACAAUCCCGCCAGCGGUGCCACGACUGGCUUUUUCCAACCCACGUCUCAGUCUAUAUACACAUUCACGGACCGAGGUCUCAAAGUUUGCGGUUGGGCAGUCGCCUCAGACAAGAAUUCUGAAGAAGAAAAGGCAAACUCAAUGAUUGGUGUGUCAUUUUGUGGUGCCGAUGUGUCGAAUAAAGCACGCUUGGAUUAUAUUCUAGCGGACCCAUCAUUACGAUUACAGUUCGGCGAAUUUCUAUGUGCUUCAUUUUGCGAGGAGAAUCUAUCAUUUUAUCGUGACGUGUCUGACUUUGUGAACAAAUACAAUGGACUGAAAGCGUCUGGGGAGUUGCAGAAAAAGUCAAAAACCCAGGAGUUCCUUGCUACAGCUUAUGGUCUUUACAAUGCAUUCUUGGCUCCUGGCUCUCCUUGCGAACUCAACAUUGACCACAGCCUGCGCAACCGACUUGCAUCGAAGAUGACUAACAUUGGUGCCGAUGAGGAGAAGUUUUCCCAUCAUCUCUCCGAUGUGGUGGAUUUGCUUGAGCUUGCUCAGGCUGCUGUCUUCAAGCUGAUGGCUUGUGAUUCGGUGCCCAAAUUCUUUCGGAUGCCGAAAUAUGCGGCUGUUCUUCAAGAGCACGAAUUUGAUACCAUAUCCGUCAGUCGAUCAUCCUCGCCGAGCGGCGCGUCUAAGUGA